UCUGUAAACUAGUCUUUAACUUCAUACGUCUCCAACGGUCGUUUCGAUAUCCGCGCCUCAGUUUGUGCGUAUAAUCACAUUUGUUCCCUUGUAUGUACACGCUGUCACGAUGCACGAGUCAAUUAGGCAUCAGUUAGAACAAGACGGGUACGUCGUGCUCGAGGAUUUCCUGAAGCCGGCCGAAUGCGACGAGCUGGUAGCGGCGGGCCUGGAAAUAACACAACAAAUUGAUGAAAGUUCUCGCAAAUCGGUCUUCUCCACAGUCAAUAACCAGGAACAUAAGGACACGUAUUUCUUGGAAAGUAACGAUAAAAUAAGGUACUUCUUCGAAAGCGACGCUCUCGGAGAAAAUGGGGAAUUUAAAGUUGAUCCCAGUAUUUCUCUUAAUAAGGUCGGCCAUGCUCUCCAUCUUCAGCACCCAAUCUUCAGAUGCUACACCUAUAGCGAUCGUGUUAAGGCCGUAUGUCGCGAACUGGGCUUCAAGGAACCAGCAGUGGUGCAAAGCAUGUACAUCUAUAAGAACCCUGGUGUGGGCGGCGAAGUAAUAGCACAUCAAGACAUAACCUACCUACACACGGAGCCGGUGCCUCCCCUGGGUUUCUGGAUUGCCUUGCAAGAUGCCACCGUCCAGAACGGUUGCCUGUGGAUAGCACCUGGCUCCCACAAAUCUGGAGUGCAUCGACGAUUAAUUAAAACGCAGAACAACACCCUCGAGUACGAUAAACCGGCUCCAGUAUACCCGCAGUCAAGCUUUAUACCAGUGGCAGUUACUAAAGGUACCUGCAUCUUAUUGCACGGCAACGUUGUACACAAGAGUGCACACAAUAAGUCUGACAAGAGCCGACACGCUUAUACAUUCCACAUCGUCGAGAAGAAAGAUAACAACUUCUCUCCUGAAAAUUGGCUGCAGGAAGGCAAAGAUGCUCCAUUCUUUAAUAUCUACACAACAUCUCAAAUGGCUUAGUACCAUCGUGACCGCAGCACCAAAUAUAAUAUGUUUCAUGUAAAUGCAAAUAUUUUUCCUUAUAAAGGCUGAUAACCAUAUGUUAGUUUAGUAAUGCAAAUAAAAAUUAAAAAGAAACGAAUCGCAAAUUGGCUGAGGAAAACUUUUAUUCUGUCUUUGAUUUUAUUUGGCCGAAGAAGAUUAGGAUAGUUAUAGUGUUUAGUGUAAAUAUUAAUUAAUAAUGUUUUUUAACUAAGACGUUUACAUUCAAUCGUUCUUCGAAUCGUAUGUCUCAACGCCGAAUUAAAUUAUUGUUCAAGAAAAGUAUAGAAACAAGGCUAAGUUUACUUACAUAAAAUAAGCUAUUUUUAACUGUCUAGUUUAAUUUGCGUAUUAAUUAAUUAGUAUUAAAAAUACAUCAUCCUCUCAAAGAUGGGACUGUAACUUUGUAGAUAUGUGAAGUAUUUCUAUGCAGACAAACUACAGCCUAUUUAGGAAAAAAUGAUAAAUCAUAGUCAGAGUUUUAUGUUACCAAAACACCUCCUACUUUGAAAUAUGCGAUACCUACAUUUUUUAUAAAGAAUGCCUUUGAUAAAACUGAGGCAUAUUAUUUUUUUAUUUAGCAAAUAUUAUACAUUAAUUUCUCAAUAAUGAUGUGAUAUAUCGCUAAUAGCGAUGUGCAAUGUGAUUUAAAAAAAAAUAAAAGUUAUCAUAAU